UGUUCCGAUUUGGUGUGGUGCGCAUUUUAUGUUCGACAGUAGUUUCAUUUGCCCAAAUGUGACGAAAGAAUUUCAAUUAUUCUGAACUGAAUGUAGUUUUUUUCCACAAAACUGUGACAUCAUCGACAACACACGGAACAGUCGUAGCAUUUCAGCCAAUUUUCCUCGCCUGCUACGCUUUGGAGAAUUGUACCUGUUUUUUCGGGUACUUCUUAGAUUCUAGACGAGCGUGAAACAGAGAGGAUUUCCAAAAAUCCCGAAUUGUUACUUGCUUUGCAACUACCGACUAAGCGGUAGCUUGCCGAAGGUUGUUGAUAGCAAUUAAAGCCCUGCUUCAACUAGGAGUGAUUUGUUAUACAAAACCCGCUGAAAAAAGGACAUGAUGGCCCUAACGCAGGACAACUGCCGAACGAAGAGCUCCCCGUCGAAAGAUAGAAAACAUGAAACGAGCUGGUACGAAAUGACGAUACAGGAAGAGCAGGAGCUGAUGGAAGAAGAGCGGCAGGCGGCGGAGGCGGACGACCACGAAACGCGCAUCGAAACGUCAUCGGAGCCCACAGUUUCCGUCACCGUGCGUACAGAUCUGUGCGAACAACAGAGUGCAAUGUCCCAGCGACAGAUCGAGAUCGAUAUUCUUGAUUCCAACAAUGUGAAAAAGUACAAGCAACUGGUAAAAAGUGACAAGAUUAAAUCACCGUUCAAACGGCGCCUUUCGGAUGAAAAUUGGAGCAGCGACGAUGAGUCAGGCUCCAGCGCCAAGGGAAACGGCCGUGGCACACCAGGGUUCGACCCGGAUCGCGACGACGACGACGAUCAACAUAUGUAUUGGAAGAAGAGCAAAAAGGAUGAGUACGAUCGCGGCAACGUUCGCUGGCGACGGGAAAGCUCUAGUUCUGGAGCGUCCAGUCAGAACAGUGGUCGAAACAAACAAACAGUAGAGUUUGAAACGGAUGAAGCCGUUCUUUCGCGGCGCCAGAAGCAAAUCGAUUACGGCAAGAACACGCUCGGUUACACCAACUACAUCGAGAAAGUUCCGCGCCACGAACGUACCAAAGAUCACCCGAAAACACCGCAAAAGCAUAUGAAAUACAGCCGGCGUGCUUGGGACGGUGUGAUAAAGGUUUGGCGUAAACAACUUCACGUUUUCGAUCCAAGUAGCAAGUGCGAUGAUGAUGAAUAGAACACUUUUUCGAGAAACGGACAUAUGAUCGUUUCGUUUCGUUGCUUCGUAUUUAUUCGUAUUUUUCCUAUGUCCCACCGCGAGCAUACAUCGCUUCUUCAUUUGCAACCUUUCUACGUUCUGUCUUUUCCGUGAUUUUUCGAGAACGAGGGAUAAAUGUUAUUUACAUUUAAUUUUUUGCAUGAAUAAAACCAGCAAGAGAAAACCACCGACGAAGUUGUACG